AUGAACGCCAUCCAGGUGAUUUCCCUGACUCUGCUGUCCGUCCUGGCAGCCAACGCUCAGGUCAUCAUGCCCGGACGAUGCCCCAAGCCGGCUGUUCAGGAGAACUUUGACGCUGCCAGGUAUCUUGGUAAAUGGUAUGACAUCCAGAGACUGCCACACGCUUUCCAGAAGGGUGAGUGCUGCACUGCCACCUACAGCCUGCAAAGCCCUGGAGUUGUCGGUGUCCUCAACAAGGAGCUGCUUGCUGACGGUUCCAUCAACGCCAUCAGCGGCUCUGCCAUGGCUAAGAAUCCCUCUGAGCCCGCCAAGCUGCAGGUCUCCUUCUUUGAGAACACUCCCCCUGCCCCUUACUGGGUCCUGUCCACCGACUACGACAGCUACUCCCUGGUCUACAGCUGCACCGACCUCGGCGUGCUGCACGUGGACUUCGCCUGGAUCCUGAGCAGGGAGCCCACCCUGCCCAAGGAGACCAUGGAGGAGCUGCACAGCACCCUGUCCUCCAUCGGAGUCCGAGUGGACAAGCUGCUCACCACCAACCAGGAUGCAGCUUACUGCAGCGCUAUGCAGUGA